GCCGGCCCCUCGCCGUCCUCCCCGCAAGCAGCCUUCGAAGAGGCGGACCCCGCGCAGCCAUGGCCUCAGCAGUGGCCGAGAGACAGCCAGGGGCCCAGGAGAAGGCAGCCGCGGGGCCGGCACACCUCGCGGAGUCGUCGUCUGGUGGCCUCGCUCAAGGCUUUGAGUGUCCAGUGAUGGCCGACCCGUGCCUGGUACCAGCCUAUGAGGCCUGCCGGACGGUGGGUGAAGACAAGUGCCCAACAGGACCAGUCUCAGAGCCAGAGGUCCAGGAGGAACAACUCAAGCUGGAGGAAGAGAGGCUUAAGCUAGAGGUGGAGUCACUAGAGGAGAGAGGUCCCAGGCCUACAGCCUCCAUUGUGAAGGCCAGUCAUGGUCCGAAGAGGAAGCCGGUCAACCUCCCAGGGCCUAGUCACCAAGCCCAUCCUAGGGCUGAAGCAGAGAUGCCACACGGGCUGCCACUGCAGAAGGAGGAAUCGGAGAGUAGCCAGAGUGAGCCCUUACCAUCUGCCAAACAGCACAAAAAAGCCAAGAAGCGCAAGAGUCUGGGGACUCCAGUGCUUCCAGCUCUGGCCAGCACGGUGUCUGCACCUUCAGAGACCUUGGGGCUGGAGCGAAAGGCCCAGCGCCUGCGGCCCCUGUACCAGUACAUCAACUAUUGCAAUCCGGAGCUGAAUCAGGCAGGGGAGGGGGACAGGGAGGCUGAGGCAGAGAUGGAGACGGAGUUGGAACUGGCCCUGGUCCCCGAGGAAGCAGGUGUGGAGCAACUGCAGGCCUUGCUGCCUGUGGCAGUACAAGUGACUUUCCUGCCGCAUCCCCCACCCCCGCCACUGGUGGCUCCCCUUCUCCUAAGUCUGAACCAGAGCAGCAGCCUAGGCCCUGGGUGGAGGGGAGAAGUUGGCCCUUCUCCCAACUUGGGACCUUGGACUUGCUGAAAAUAAACAUUUUUCCUUCUCUCAGACUUUGUGAUUUCACAAAUAAGAUGGCUGAAGAGAGGCUGGGAAGGUGGGUGCAGGGUGUGAAGCCUGACUGGUCAUCUGGAUGACCCAAGAACUUGACAAAAGUACAGGUUCUUGGGCAAGACCCCAGACCUAACCAAAUCAGAAUCUGCA